UUGCAGGAUUUAAUUGGGACUGGAAAUUUCUGUAAUGUUUAUAAAGGAGUAUAUCACCGAACACCUGAUGAGAAGAUAAAUGUUGCAAUAAAAAUUUGCCACGAGGGUCACGGAUCUGACAAGUCGUUCGAAGAAACGAAAGAGGCUCGAGAACAGAUGUUAGAAGAAGCGCAGAUGAUGAGCAAUUAUAUCCACAGUCAUAUUGUAGAGAUGUACGGUGUGGCAUGUGAUCAUCCACCUGUUCUGAUUGUUAUGGAAUACUGCCCUGGCGGCAACUUGGAAGACCAUCUUAGGACACAAAAGGAGUUGAUUGAAGUUGGCGAGAGGAUCGUUUAUGCAUUAGAGGCAGCUCGGGGAAUGCAAUUUUUACAUCGGAAGAACUGUAUUCAUCGGGACCUUGCAGCAAGAAACUGCUUGAUUUCAGCGAAAGGUUCGUGA